AUGACGAAUUUCCUGAAGCGACUGGUGAUCAUGUUCCUGCAUUUGUUGACGCUCACGGGCGCCAUCUACUUUCGGGGCGAGAGCGACUCGGACGGAGAGGACACGUCGGAGUUGGACGUGGCACGAUACUCGUUCGAGAUCGCGUCGUGCCUCGGAUGCUGCAUCUAUUGCUUCCUUCAGCAGGGAGGGGAGAUCCGGAAUCAGGGCUUUUUCAUAUUUCUUAGGAAUCUGGCUCAUUCGCCGGAGAAGGCAAUCUUCUUGUUGAGCAACGUAUUGAUCAUCUCGUGCGUCCCGCUGAGGGUGGCGCAGCUGUUGACGGGGUCGGCGUGGACGAGGCAGGUGGAGGAGGCGAUCCUGGCCAUCGCGGCGCCGGGCUCCUGGUUCUUCCUCAUGUUCUUCGCCGGGGCGGUGAAGCUGACGGGUCCGUUCGUGACGAUGAUCUACAGUAUGGUGACGGGGGAUAUGUUGACCUUUGCCAUCAUCUAUGCCAUCAUGCUGCUUGCAUUCACCCAGGCCUUCUUUUUCCUCUAUAUGGGGCACGAGGAUGUGAAAGAUACGUACUUUUCCGACUAUUUCUCCACUUGGAUGGGGUUGUUCCACAUGACCCUCGGAGAGUACCAGAUGGAUCACGACCUCACGAGUUACCCCAUACUGACGACCUUCAUCUUCGGCAUCUUCAUGGUCCUCGUCCCCAUCCUGCUGCUCAACAUGCUCAUCGCCAUGAUGGGCAACACCUACGCCUCGGUCAUCGAGCGCAGCGAGAAGGAAUGGGUCAAACAGUGGGCGAACAUCGUGAUCAACCUGGAGCGGGCCGAGAGCAAGUCGAAGGCCAAGGAGCACCUUUACUCCUACUCGAUCAAGUUGGGCGGGGCGGCGGAGGACGGGACGGAGCAGCGGGCGGUCAUGGUCAUCAAGAGCAAGAACAAGACUCGAGCUAGACAGCGGAAGGGAGCGCUUUCGAACUGGAAGAGAGUGGGUCGGAUCAUCAUAGACGAGCUUAGGAAGCAGGGCUGCGGAGCAGCCGAGCUGAGAAGGAGGAUCCUCAACAAGGACCCCGACGGAGGGAACGGGGGUGGAGGGCCUCCGCCUCCUUCGGCUGGGGCUGCCGUCCUUGCCAAUGCCUUCGGGUGUGAAACGGAAGGCGAUGGGAACACGACGGUGCCGACCAGUGCUCCAUCGUGGCUGGGAGAUGCCGUCAACCAAUUGGCGUGGCAGCAUGACCUGGACCUCAGUCGGACUGGGGAAACCGCCAUCGCCGCCACUCCCACCAACACUAACAGUGGUACUGGAGGUGGUCUGGCAAAUGCCUUGUCCCAGUUGGCCUUUGCGAACGACCUCAACUUGGAUUCGUCGGUGCUAGCAAGCGAAGCAGCUGCCUCUCCCCAACCUCUCAAUUCUGACAUCAAGGGAAAUGAUUUGCCAAAACCGGUCAGGCCCAAGAUUGUUGUCGAGAGAGGCGAGGGUCAGGGGAAGAAAAAGCCUUCAAAGAAUGUGAUGAGAGUCAAGGAGUUCCACGAUGGAGUCGACAAUUUGGCCUUUAUGGAUGAUGACGGAAGUGAAAAGUUCCGCGAUUCCAAGAAGUACUUGACAGUGAACACGGACCUUUACAGUCUGCACGUCGGAGAAAAAGCUCCAUCAGCAGAAACGGCAGAGGACACGACGCCUCCUUCCAGCCAGAAGCAACAAUCCCCCAAAGGGACUCCCAAGUCCAAGGAAAGAGCCUCCAAGUUUGCCACAGCUCGAGAGAGGAAGGGGAAGGUGAAUCGUCGAGUGAAGAGCGCUUCGGUGAACAAAGAUCAGCUGAGGAACAGGAAAGCCAACCAGGAAGAGGAAAUAUCGCUCAGGCCAAGAGACCUGGAAAUGAGAAAUGGAAACAUGUCUUCAGUGAUACAAAAUGGUGCUGUGGAAACGCGGCCCCCACGUCAACGACCGUGGACUGCCGGUGCGCACAUCAGAGAGGAGAAACUGAGAAACUUCUCCAGUUGCCAUGUGAAGCCCAUGAAUACCAUGCUGGCAUGGGAUGAUGACAUUGGGUUGUAG